UUUGCGCCUGUGUGACGUCAUUGGGGAUCCACAGGGCUCUAUGACAGGGUCCAGCAACGCCGAGCGCCGGUGGAAGAAAGGGGGGAGGAUACAUGAUCUACCUUCAGCCCGGUCGGAGUGGAGCUAUCGAGCGUCUCUCGCUGCAGAUCUACACUGAAGAAGCGGAUGCAGGCUCGGGGAUUUUGCCUUUAGUCUACCACUAGAGCGCUUCCCAGCUAUUAAAGCGACUGCUACCUCUAUAUUUUGCCUGAGAAAAAAAAAAAAAAAACACACACACAUAGAUCCACAGAGAGAGAGAGAGAGAGGGGGAUAAGCGGCCAGACAACAACUAUACUAAUCCCCCGGACGGUCACAUUCACGGCGGAGGCUCGGAACCGACAGAAAUGAACAGGGGCAGCACGAACUGGAUUAAAUGAUAGCGAAUAAAGAGCCGCAGCGCACAAAGCGACCGUGAAGUGUUAUGCCCGUUCGGCCGUGCGGCGUUUAUUUGACUGGAAAUGGGAGCUUUAACCAGCAGACAGAACAUAGGCGUGGAAGAAGUGGACAUUCCGUCCAAUUCGGUGUAUCGUUAUCCCCCGAAAUCUGGGAGUUACUUUGCCAACCAUUUCAUCAUGGGAGGGGAGAAGUUUGACUCCACCCAUCCGGAGGGUUACCUGUUCGGGGAAAACACAGAUCUUAACUUCCUGGGGAGCAGACCAGUAGCAUUCCCGUAUGCAGCUCCUCCGCCUCAGGAACCAGUAAAGACGCUACGAAGCCUUAUAAACAUUCGAAAGGACACGCUGCGGCUCGUAAGGUGUAGUGAGGACCUAAAGUUGCCAGGCGACGAGGUGGCUGGGAAGAACAGGGCGUGCUACAACGUAGAGUUCACCUUUGACGCAGACACGCAGGUUGCCAUCACCAUUUACUACCAGGCCAUAGAGGAGUUUCACAACGGAGUGCCAGUUUACCUGCCACAGGACAGCUCGCUGCAGUCAGAGACGGUGCAUUUUAAGAGAGGAGUUUGCCAGCAGUUCUGUCUGCCCUCGCACACCGUCAACCUCAGCGAAUGGGCGGACGACGAGCUGCUGUUUGAUAUGGACAAGGAAAUCUUCCCCAUGGUGGUGCAGGCUGUGGUGGACGAGGGGGAAGAACAUUUGGGCCACUCUCACAUCCUACUGGCUACAUUUGAAAAGCACAUGGAUGGGAGUUACUGUGUAAAACCUCUGAAGCAGAAGCAAGUGGUGGACGGAGUUAGCUACCUGCUGCAGGAGAUCUAUGGGAUCGAGAACAAAUACAACAGUCAGGAAUCAAAGGUGGCUGACGACGAGAUCAGCGACAACAGCGCCGAGUGCGUAGUGUGCUUGUCGGACGUGCGAGACACCCUCAUCCUCCCGUGCAGACACUUGUGUCUCUGCAACGCCUGCGCAGACACGUUGCGCUACCAGGCCAACUGCUGUCCUAUCUGCAGGCUGCCAUUUAGAGCUUUGCUGCAAAUUCGAGCAAUGAGGAAGAAACUUAGUCCUCUGUCGCCCACCAGCUUUAACCCAGUCAUCACCUCCCAGACAUCGGACUCGGAGGAACACUCGGCGUCAGAGCACAUCCCACCUGGUUACGAGGCCGUGUCUCUGCUGGAGGCCCUGAACGGGCCUCUGAACACCUCCUCAGUGGACCCUCCUCCCCUUCAUUCCGGUCCCAGCCACGUCUCCGGGGUGCUGCCGCCGUAUAGCAGUGAGCCCCACCCGGUGCCAGCCCGAUCCUUCUCGCCUCUCGACCAGUCCAACUCCAGUCAGGGAUUAAAACUGAAAAAGAGUAAUUCAAAGUCCCUUUCCCAGAAUUCCUCUGUGCUUCCUGAAGAGGAGGACGAGAAGUCUUGCAGUGAAUCAGAUGCAUGUCGUCCCAAACUGGCUGUCGAUCAGCAGGAGAGCGGGGUGACUCCAGACAGCGAGAACUUGACCCUGUCCUCGUCCGGAGCCAUCGAUCAGUCACCCUGCACCGGUACCCCUCUGUCCUCCACCAUCACCUCCCCUGAAGACCCGGUGAGCAGCAGCCUGGCCCAGUCAGUGAUGUCCAUGGCCUCGUCCCACUCGCAGCACUCUCACAUCAGCGCCGACACCAUGUCCUCCAUGUCGGGGUCCUACCUGGCCGGGGCCGAAGGAGAGCCCGCGGGGGCCGAAGAGGUGGGAGACGUGGACGGCGAGGAGGACCGAGACGCUCCCACGGAGAGCCGAGCUGCAUCCCACCAGGACGGGGAGUUCUCUAGGGAGCCAAAGGGACACAAUUACUCGGCUGUAGAAGAGCAGGAUUCAGAGGGAAAUGAUGUCACAGAAGAGGACUGCUCCUCUCCGUCUAACGGGAAAGGUGGGCGGAGCAGGUGUCCAGAGUUGGCCAAUAACAAUCAGGGUGUCGCCCACUGUGACACGCCCUCUUUGGGGUUGGAUAAUGAGCAGGCUUCUGACAGCCGAUUCGCCGAUUUUAUGUAUCUCGGCGGCUACAGGCCUGCUCUUGAUCCCCUCCCCCACCACUUCUCCACCAGCAACAUUAAUCUGGAGGAGCAGGGGGCGGAGAACAGAGACGGCCAGAGUCCCAAGUAUCCUCACCGUGGGCCGCUCAUCGUGUAACAUUCAAACCAAUCUAAAACGCCCCGCCCACAACCCGCUUUUCCCCACCCUGCCCAUAGCGCUGCCACUCCGGGUAUUGUCUUUGCUGAGCAGGGAAACAUUUCCCCAAUCCGUUUAAAAAUUUCCGUGACUGUCGCCGCUGCGGCUGGAUCCCACUUGGAGUGGGAAGAGGAAGAAAGCGGAAUCACCUUUAACAUUGUUGGCGCACUUUUAUCACACGUUUUUCUUGUUUUGUUGUCUCUUAACUAUUUCUUGGAACGAUUAUCCUUCUGCUAUUUUAUUAUUUAUUACCUGUAGGUUUUACGGGAGCUCUGUAUCGUGUUAGUAUCUUCAGAAGAAUACAUGUUGCUCCUCUUCUCUGCCUUUUUCCCCUUCCUUCCUACUGAUGUAUCAGCCAAACAGUCGGGAGCUACUGGGAUCGGCAAUCUGAUUUAUUACUACUAAGUUCUUCCUCUGUGUCAGAAACUGUGUUAUGAAUGAGUGGUGGGACACUUUGACGCUGAACAUCAGCUCUCACCGGACUACCUUACCGAAGUAGAACAACAUUGACCCCUCGCUUCGGAUCAGGGAGCUUCAGUCUCGCACCUUCGCAUGCCGCUUUUCACGUUUUCCUUCCAUUUCCGCCACCCUUCUGAAACUCCUGAAUGUAAAUUCAGAGGCAGCCGAACUUUUCCGAUGGACGAGCCAAGAAACGGUGGCCAAAAUGACCUUGCGGGAAAAAAAAAGAGGUAGAAUGUAGGACUAUGAUGGUGGAGCUCAAAAACAGGGGAUUAUAUGCGUCACCUUAAAUCUUCACUUAAACUGGAAUCAAACCCAAACUUUGACACACACACACAACCUUCCAUCUCCAUCCUCUCCUUCUGUAGCUCCAAUUUAGCAUGUCAGUAUUAAUACGGUGCAACUGCAAGUACGACCAAGCAAUAAAAAUACCCUGCACCUCCAUCUUUUCACCUCCUGCACUAGUUCUAAGACCGAACUGUGUUUGCACUGGCCUCUUACACUUCAACCCUUUCAGUAUGUUUUAACUGUCUACCUAUACUUUGAUGUUGCCAUUAUGAAGGGAAUCACGACGAGGAAAACCUCCUACAAGGCAUUUGAAAAAUGACGUAGCAAGGAUUUUCCUCCACCCUCACCCACGCCCCACACUUCCCCGAUCUUGGUUUGUGAACCUUUUUAGUUGUUUUCCGUUUUUGUAAAACUCUUGAUGUGUAUCUCAUCUGUUGUCGAUUGCAAAUCGUUUGUGUUUUAAUCUGUUGCAGAACACUGUGCUGUUUCUUAGAAUGUGGAUGAAAAUAUGUGAAAAUCUCGUAAAAGGUUUACAUAAUCGUGCAGACAUAGUGGCUAACUAAUGAGGAACAAUAUCUGCAAUUAAUGCACUAUUAGCUGACUCCUAGACGACACUCUUUCUGGUGCAUGAGGUGAUGAUAGAAGUAAACAUGUUUUGUCUAGGUCAGCCUGCACCCUCCUGUAGACUUGAUAUUGGACCACUGCACAAAUCUGAAGUGGUACCAUGUCUUUCUGUAGUGUUAUAUUUCGAUUGUAGGCACCCGUAUUUCUAUUGGCCUGCUCAGGUCAAGUCUUCUGCACUACUAUAACCGAGCUGCAAACAGUCAUGUGAUCACAGUCUGAAUGUGCAGACAGAGCUGCUUUCUGGCGCCAGUCUCAGUAUGGUAUCGAAGGAAAUUCACAAAAUCCCACUUUUCUAGAGUGAAAACGAAAAAUAGACUUAAACAGACAAUAAAAAUUUUGCAACUAAA